AUGUUCUAAUCAAAAAACUAUUUGCCUUCGCAUUGAGGGAGAGAGGGAGUUUUUUUUUUCUGAAGAAGAAGAAAAUAAACGAGAAACGGUUAAAAGCAGCGGUUGCUGUCGAAGUAUUGCUUCAAAGGCAAAAACUUAGGAUGUUAGGUUCAUAGACCAGCGGUUAUCUUCUCCCUCUCCUGCGUCUGUUUCUUCAAUCCUAAGCAAAAAUCCAUUUUCUUUGGUUGCUUCCUCGUCCCCAUCACAACGCCUAACUUCAUCUUCUCUGACAUAAUCAGUACACCAUCCCUCCUUCCUCUUCUUCUUUAAUGCUUUUAAUCUUUUCUUCAACAUAUCUCAGAAACGUGCUCCCUCUAGGUUUUAGCAGUCUUUCUCAUACCUUAUUAUGUGUUGAUAGUCUUUUUGGUCCUAAGAGGGAUCACAAAUCAAACUCUCUGUUUCUUGACUUGAACACUCCACUAUGAGUACACGUUAUUCAACUCAACUGCAAUCAUCAGCCAUUACAUCCAUCACCGUCUCCUCAUCUUCCUCCUUAGACACCACCACUCCACGAGAUGAUGAUAACACUCGCAUGUCUCCAGCUUCCAACGCUCGCGUCAACUCUCCAACGUCCUUCUUGAUAAGACUUGCAAUGAGGGUAUCUAGAGCAAGGUGGUUCAUUUUCUUGAGAAGAGUGUUUCAUUACCAGAAUGGUUCAAGAUCCGAUCUUGGCGCCAACCCUUUUGAGUCAACCACUUGGAUGAUAUCAGAGCUCAUCGCUUUACUCGUACAGAUCACUGUGAUCACAUUCACACUAGCUUUGUCCAAGAACGAGCGGCCUAUUUGGCCCGUGAGGCUCUGGAUCACCGGGUACAACGUUGGAUGUUUACUCAGUCUGAUGAUCUUAUACGGUCGGUACCGUCAGCAAGACGUUAGCCAAGGCAAUGGGUUUACCUUUGGUGAUAUUGAGCAGCAGCAACAGAGAAGCAGAGAAGAGACCAGGUGCUCGCAUUUGAUGAACAGAUGCAGGACAUUGCUGGAGCUCUUCUUUGCGAUAUGGUUUGUGAUAGGAAACGUAUGGGUGUUUGAUUCUCGGUUCGGUUCUUUCCACUAUGCUCCAACCCUUCAUGUUCUCUGCAUCUCCCUUCUCGCUUGGAACGCUCUCUGCUACUCCUUCCCGUUUCUUCUCUUCCUCCUGCUAUGUUGUGUUGUGCCUCUCAUCAGUAGCUUCCUAGGCUACAACAUGAACAUUGGAUCCUCGGAGAAAGGAGCUUCAGAUGACCAAAUCUCUAGUCUCCCAAGCUGGAAGUACAAACUCAUCGACGAAACAUCUGAUUCUGAUUCUUCUCACGCAAGCAAUGAUCCGGAGUGUUGCAUAUGUUUGGCCAAGUAUAAAGAUAAAGAAGAAGUGAGAAAGCUACCAUGUUCUCAUAGGUUUCAUGUAAAAUGCGUAGAUCAAUGGCUUCGUAUCAUCUCCUCUUGUCCUCUCUGCAAACAAGAUCUCCCUAACUAAACGAGUCAGAAGAUUGAUUUGGAAUCACUGAGUCCAACCAUGUUCCAUGCCUAAGUUGUUCUUUACUUGCGUGUUUCUUGUCUUUUAUGUUGUCGCCCACUCGGACCACACCGGGUUACUUGUGUGAAUGUUAUUGUUUUUUUUGUUUGUACAAAAGGAGCUCACCAGGAACCGUAACCAUCAUACUCCAUAUACAUGAAUAAAUAAGAUUCAAGAUAAUGAUCAAUGUGUUUGUUUACUGA